AUGUGUGAUAAUUUAAAAAUUUCAGACAAUUUCAUUGAGAAAUAUCCUGAUAGAGUUCCAAUUUUAUUAUAGAUAAGUGUUAGAUCUAGAUUGCAAUUUCAGGAUGGAACCAAAAUCAAAAAGUAUUUAAUGAGCAAAUCUGACCACUUUUAUCAUUUCCUAUAAAUCAUUAGAGAGACACUCCACAUCUAACAGCAAGAAAGCCUAUAUCUCUUCAUUAACAACUCUGGCUUGGUCAAAGCAGAGAGUCAAGUUGAUGAAGUUUAUAAUAAAUUCAAAAGUCCUGAUGGAUUCUUAAGAAUUCAAUUGACUGAAUAUCCCUCAUUCGGAUAAUGA